GCCUUAGAAAACCUAAACGCCCUCCCAUUAUAACUUCAGUCCUUAAGCAUCAGCCUCCGUUUCAACUCCACGGCGCAGAUCCGAGGAGUUUUUGGAUCUCUCGCUAUCUUCAAACGCUUUCCAUUCUUCUUCCAAUCCAUCGUCGUCUCACUGAUCUACAGAUAUGGCUGGUUUGGCUCCCGAAGGAUCUCAAUUUGACGCCCGUCAGUAUGACACCAAAAUGAAUGAGUUACUUUCAUCGGAUGGACAGGAUUUCUUCACCUCAUACGAUGAAGUUUAUGAUAGCUUUGAUUCUAUGGGCUUGCAAGAAAACCUCCUCAGAGGCAUUUAUGCCUAUGGUUUUGAGAAGCCAUCUGCAAUUCAGCAAAGGGGAAUUGUUCCUUUUUGCAAAGGGCUUGAUGUGAUCCAACAAGCACAGUCUGGAACAGGGAAGACUGCAACCUUUUGCUCUGGCAUUUUGCAGCAACUUGAUUAUGGUCUUGUGCAAUGCCAGGCUUUGGUCCUGGCACCCACUAGGGAGCUUGCUCAACAGAUUGAGAAGGUUAUGCGAGCCCUUGGUGAUUAUCUUGGUGUAAAGGUUCAUGCUUGUGUUGGUGGGACAAGUGUACGUGAGGACCAACGCAUUCUUCAAGCUGGUGUUCAUGUUGUUGUUGGUACUCCUGGUCGUGUGUUUGAUAUGUUGCGUAGACAAUCACUUCGUCCAGACUACAUUAAGAUGUUUGUGUUGGAUGAAGCUGAUGAAAUGCUUUCUCGUGGAUUUAAGGAUCAGAUUUAUGACAUUUUCCAGCUGCUACCAUCCAAGAUUCAGGUUGGUGUCUUCUCUGCUACAAUGCCACCUGAAGCCCUUGAGAUCACCAGGAAGUUCAUGAACAAGCCUGUUAGGAUUCUUGUAAAGCGUGACGAGCUCACCUUGGAAGGUAUCAAGCAGUUCUAUGUCAAUGUUGACAAGGAAGACUGGAAGCUUGAGACACUCUGUGAUCUUUACGAGACUUUGGCCAUCACCCAGAGUGUCAUUUUUGUGAAUACUCGUCGUAAAGUUGAUUGGCUCACUGAUAAGAUGCGAAGCCGUGACCACACAGUAUCUGCUACCCAUGGUGACAUGGACCAGAACACCCGUGACAUUAUUAUGCGUGAGUUCCGUUCGGGUUCAUCUAGAGUUCUCAUAACCACUGAUCUAUUGGCCCGUGGUAUUGAUGUCCAACAGGUUUCUCUUGUUAUUAACUUUGAUCUGCCGACGCAACCCGAGAAUUACCUUCAUCGUAUAGGAAGAAGUGGACGUUUUGGAAGAAAGGGUGUUGCCAUCAACUUCGUAACUACGGAUGAUGAAAGAAUGCUGUUCGACAUUCAGAAGUUCUAUAAUGUCUUAAUUGAAGAACUGCCAGCAAAUGUUGCUGAUCUCCUGUGAGGACGGAAAUACUGUGGUAGACGACGAGGCGUGGUUUUCUCCUCUCCGAAGCACUCAACCAAGCUUUUUCUCCUCAUAUCUUUUUGCUCUACUGUUUAGUGUUUAAAUUAAAUAUUCUUGAACCUUUUUGUGACCUCGGAAAUGGUGUGCCCAUAAAUUGCCUUCUGGUCAAAUAUGUGCCUCCUUUUUUGUUGAGGUUUUUUUUUUUUUUUUUUUUUUUUUUUUNUCAUGUUAUAAAAACUUGUCUUUACCGAAUUAUUGGCUAGUUUUUUCUUUUAUUUGGGGUGUGGGAAGGGACAAUUUUUGAUGUCUCAGCAAGCUGCCAUAGUCUUGUGUGUACGUUAUUCAUCGUUUGAUCUUCGAGACUUGUGUUGAAAUAUAGGAUCUUGUAAUCGUCAGCA